AUGGCGGACGGGCAAGUUUUCAAUUUCUACAACGUUGGCUUUGCUAGCGCCAUUCUGAUGGCGCAGAAGUCCACCUAUGAGGAGCCCAUCCAGAUGCUCUGGAACACAAUUCUCCAGUCUUGGUUCCCUGCUGUCGGAGCCCAAACAGCCUACAAGGUCGCCCCCAAAGCCGCAAUCUUGGCAAACAAUGAUCAACCCGAUGCAGUCGUUAUUGAGGUUCGGCUGGUCGGAGCUGGCCUCGUCCGGGACUCUAGAAUGCUCAUGGAGUACCAGAUUCUGAUGGUUGAAUGUAAGAGUUCAGAGCACGAUAGCGACAGCGGAUGGGCCUCGGCUGCAACCCAGCUCACCCAUUAUAUGGAGCAAAACACCAAUGGGUCUAGGAAGCUUUUCGGAGCUGUGGCUGUUGGAACCAAGGUGCAAUUUUAUGAAUGGGAAUACCGACGCAAUCGCUCAUCUCUGCGUCCCAUUCACCCUGCACGACUGGACCUCGGUGAUGCUGGGGAUCGCCAUACACUCGAGACCAUGUUGGACCAUGUUAGGACUCAGGGCUGGAAUCUGGCACAACAGAGUACUUGA